CCCCUCUCCCCUCCUCUCCUCUCCACGCCAUCUCCUAUGCUGACUCGCGUAUAAACGUGGACGCAAGCUAAUCCCGAUCAUUCAUUUCCCUGUUCUCCCAGCUGUCUUGCUUCCUCCAUUGCAGCCCUCGUUGAUUCCCACUAAACCAUUUUUCAUUUACUCCAACGACUCUAACUGCUCGCUAUGGCUGCCGAAGUCGGCGAGGGCAACUGCAUCGGUUAUGCGGCCAGGGACCAGUCGGGAUUCCUGUCGCCCUUCAAGUUCAACCGCAGGGAGGUGGGGCCCAAGGACGUGCGCAUCCGCAUCACGCAUUGCGGCAUCUGCCACAGCGACCUGCACCAAGCCAAGAACGAAUGGGGCGGCUCCCUCUACCCCAUGGUCCCCGGCCACGAGAUCGUGGGGGUGGUGGAGGCGGUGGGCUCUGAGGUGACCAAGAUAGCGGUGGGGCAGCGGGGCGGCGUGGGGUGCAUGGUGGACUCGUGCCGCACGUGCCAGGCGUGCAAGGAGCACGUGGAGCAGUUCUGCCCUGGCACCGUGUACACAUACAACAGGCCCGACCCCAAGUCUCCCGGCGAGGUCACGCAGGGCGGCUACUCCUCCUCCAUUGUCUGCGACGAGGACUUCGUCCUUUCCAUCCCCGAGGCGCUCUCGUCCGACCUGGCCGCGCCGCUGCUGUGUGCGGGCAUCACGGUGUACUCGCCCAUGGUCUACUAUGGUGCCAACAAGCCGGGCAUGCGGCUGGGCGUGGUGGGGCUGGGCGGGCUGGGCCACAUGGCCGUCAAGUUCGGCAAGGCGUUCGGCAUGGAGGUCACGGUGCUCAGCACGAGCCCCAGCAAGGAGAAGGAGGCGAAGGAUGUGCUGGGCGCCGAUCGGUUCAUUGUCACCAAGGACGCCGAGGCUAUGAAGGCAGCAGCGGGAUCGUUGGAUGCCAUAGUGGACACGGUAUCGGCGCAGCAUGAGCUUGGGCCGUAUCUGGAGCUCCUCACUUUCAACGGCAAGAUGAUCCUCGUCGGCGUGCCUCCGCAGCCCUAUGACCUCCAUGCCUUCCAGCUCAUCGGUGGUCGUAAGACGGUGGCUGGUAGUUUGAUUGGAGGGGUCAAGGAGACUCAAGAGAUGCUAGAGUUGUGUGCCCAAAAGGGAGUUGUGCCUAUGAUUGAGGUUAUCGACAUUCAAGACAUCAACAAGGCAUAUGAGAGGAUGAUGAAAAGCGACGUGAAGUACCGUUUUGUUAUUGACAUUGAGAAGAGCCUCAAGUAGACUUGUUAUAAAGGCCUUCUAAUAUGAUCUAUGUUGUGAGCCUUAACUUGUAAGGCUAGUGCA